GAAGCUUUCGACGCAUGCGCAUUGUAGAACCAGGAAGUGCUCUCCAAACCGGAGCAGAGCUAACUCUGAGUGGAUUCCGGGAAUUUCAUCCAAAUAAAGACGAUGCAGCUUCACUUUACUAAAGAUGUUUUACCCGACUCUGUCAGCACCGACUUCCAGAACCUGAACAAGUUUAAUGAGCAGGUAAAAACGGCAGGUUUGUUGGUGUUUAUUCCGCCGAAGGUUCAGGGAGAGAGGUCCGGGAGAACCUCAGGAAGUUUACAGAUGGAGUUUUACUCUCCGGGUUUCUAAUAUAACUACUGUUAUACUGACCUGGAUUCACAGGCUGUGGUCUUGUGAGUUUAAGGGAUUUAUCAGCUCGUUAUUCGGAGUAAAGACACAGGUGUUGAGGGCAGGUGAGGGUCAUGUGACAGCAGCAGGUAGGAAUGAGAGAGACCGAAGAGAAAGUCCAACAAAGACUUUCAGAGAUGCAGAAGUGUCUGAAUUAACCCUCAAGUCACGUUGGGGCUUUUUUAUAAGGUCAACAUGUGCUGUGUAGGGGAGACCGGGGUAAGUAGAUCCACCCCCUGUCACUUGGAAAUGGUCAAAGAAAUUGAUCAUGUGACCAAAUACUUCAUCAAUUCAUGGAGUCAGUGAAGGUUAGAAGCUCAUGAGUGAAUAAGGGGUUAGACAUUUAUUUACAAAACCAAAAAAAACAUUUUUCACUCUGUAAAGUGAAUUUAGUCCGUCAUCAGUUUGAUAAGAAUUAUGUUCAGACCAAAAAAGAUCAUUUUUAAUAGAGAGAUAAAAAUCAUAAUGGAAAAGAUUGUUUCCAAAUCAGUUUCAUUGGACCCUAAGCUUUUCUUUUUUGGCCUUUAUCCAGAGAAACAUAACUACAGUAAGUAUGAAAAAGCAUUUAUAGAUCUAAGUUUAUUCAAUGCCAAAAAAUGUCUGCAUUACUCUGGAAAAAGAACCAUCAACCAAGUACCAGUCAGUGGGUAAAACAAAUGUUGUCAAGCUGGAAAGAAUUAUUUAUUUAUUUAUUUUUGAAUAUUUUCUCUGUUCUGUUACUCUCUGAAUACCUGUAGCCUCUCAUUAUCAUUACCAUUAUGUCACAGUUCCUUACAUUUGGUUCAUAAUCUGUCCUAUAACAAGAGAAGCGUAUUGUUCGUUUUGUGUUUUUAUCGUGAGUCUUUUGUUUUGCGAUGUGUUUUUGCUAAACUUGGCAGCUAAUCUGUGAGAAAUGACAUGUAGACAGGGCUAGGCCAGGCGUGUCACGAUGGUUUGUACUGUGAUCGUCUUACGCUGCUACAAAACUCAAAUAAAGAUAUCGUGGUAAAAAAAAAGAAUGAUUGUACCAGUCGAAUAAAAAUAUCUGCAGAUACAGGAGUUAGAGACAAAACUAGGAUUGACUUGAUGUUGUGAUCCCAAACAUGAGAAAUGGAUAAUCUGACCCCACUCUCCCCUAAUGAUAUAAAAAGAGCUCCUCAGUCAAAAGAAGCUGAGCUCCUGUGUGUCGAAUCUUAUCUUAUCCCAGUUUGUCUAAUUUUGUCUUGUUUUGUAGUUUAAUCUCAUCUUGCUGUUUUAUCUCGUCCUGUCUCAUCUGUUUCAUCUUUUUGGUUUGUUUUAUUUCAUAUCAAUACAGUAAAUGAUUAUAUAUUUUUAUAUUAAACCUGAUAAAUACAGAAAAGAACACUUAAAACACAGAUAUCCAUCUCUCAGAUCUGCGUGUGUUUUUAGCAGCAAAGGUCGAUGAUAUUUUUCUGUCUUUUUUUCAGCAAUUUCUUCGUCUGGUUGAAAUCCUGUUCCAGUUCUUGCUGGAGCCUAAAGAGGUAAAUGAGUUCAGACCCCCCCCUUACACACACACACACACACACACACGCACACACACACACACACACACACUGAAUUUUGAUGUUAACAGACUUUGGACUCAGUGAUUAGCCUUGAUAACUGAACCGAAGUAAAAUAUCGCCUGUCCCUUUGUGUAUCUGUGCAAAUUAAUGCAUACCUCUGUUUGUUUGUGUGUGUGUGCGUGUUCCUGUGUGUGUGUGUGUGUGUUCCUGUGUGUGUGUGUGUGUGUGUGUGUGUGUCCCUGUGUGUGCACAGACAGAGAGGUUCAUGGAGCAGCUGAGUGAGUUUGCAGGGGAACAUGGCAUGAGUGCUGGUCCUCUGAGGAACCUGAUGAAGAGCGUCCUCCUGGUGCCACAGGGUGAGACACAAACGCACACACACACACAUGCGCACACACACAUACACACUCUCUCACACAGGCACAUCUAUUCCCCCCCGAACAAAGACAAACAUCAUAAACUGGGGUAUUUGCAGGUGUAGGUUUGAGAUAAUGUGGCGGGACUUUCUUUGUGUCUCUCUGCAGGGAUUAUUUACUUCAGUUAGGGAUUUCCUACAUUACCCAGAACACUUUGUGUAAACCCUCAAAAAUUCACCUGAAUUCUGUGGUUCAAUUUCAUGGAGAAAGAGAUAAGACUCAGAUAAGUGCAGUAAAUCCUCACUCUGAGCAUUUACUGUCUGCAUGUUUGUCCUGAUAUCUGUGUUCAAACAAACUCAGCCUGUAAACUCUCCUGAAGAAGACGCUCCAUCACUCUUUAGUUAAAUUAACAACAGAACAGAAGCAGAUGAAUCCGAGGAGGAUUUUCCCACGAAGUUCGUCUUCGUACUCACGCCGUACCUCCAGGAAAGCUUCCGUCUCAGUGACAGUGAUUGUUUGGUGUUUCCUCCUCAGGAGCCCUGAAGAAAAACCUGACAGCCGAGCAGAUCAAAGAAGACCUCGUCGCUUUAGGUACACAUCCCAAUCCUUCACCACCGAGUCAAUCAUUAUCAAAAAGGUCAACUUUUGCAGAUACUGGGGUUAAGUAUAGCUGCUGGUGUCCUCUAAGUACAGCAUGUCAUGGAGGAGGCUUCAAAAUCUCAAAGUGUAAAAUUAUAACUCAUGUCUGUUAUUUUCUCAGGAGUAAAUGAGGACAAGGCGGCUCACUUCUCACAGCAGGUAACUUCUCAGAUUUGAUAUUUGUGAUAUUUAUGUGAGCCGAGUCCCCCAGGUUUAGUUUAGUUUAGUUUUAUUUUGGAUCCACUGUUAGUUACAACAAAAUCUGCAGCUACUCCUCUUCCUGGGGUCCUUAUCUUCUUUUCCAUUUUCAUUUUGAACUUGGACAUGUACUUACAGACAUUAAUAAUAAUAAUAAUUACUUUAUUUAUAUAGCACUUUUAAAAACAAGUUUCCAAAGUGCUUUGACAACAGUUGCAAGCACAGAACAUCAGCACAUGGAAAUAAAAACAAAUAAAAAACGAAAGCUCAGUUACAAACAAGGCCUCUGAGUUGAAGGCCAGUUUUAUUUUUCGUAAGAAACCCAGACAAUACAAGAACCUUACAACAUAAAAAAAUGAGACCAGAAUAAAAACAUAAAAUAGGUAAGAAGAAGAAUGAAAUAGAAAAGGGGGGCAGAACGCAGGAAAAAGGAUAGUAAGUAUAAAAGAAAAAGGAAAAAGGAGAAAAACACUUACAUAAGAUUCAUACUACACUUUCACACAGUAGCUCUCAUUCUCUCUUGCUUGAGGAUGAAGAAACAAAAGGGAAAAGACAAAAAAGAAAAACAGAAAACUUAUUUGAGGAAAAACAAGAAAACUUAACAGAACUCAGUUUCAUUCAUGUUCCUCCAUAUGUAAACAAAUACACCUCUAAAUGUUUGUUAAAGCAACUUCUGUUCAUUUCUGAAAUUAAAAGUUUAGGUUAUAAAUUCCAUCAUUUCUCUGUAGAGGACAGUCCUUUUUAUCGCCUCUGAUGGCCGCCUCGUACCAUACUGGUGUUAGUUUAUUAAAGAGUACAUCUUGGACUCUGUUUAUAAUACUUUUUUAGGAAUUUACAUUUUACAUUUAACCCGAUUAACUGAUUAUGCAUUAUGCUACAGUUUAGUGCUGUUCGAGCUGCUUUAUUUUGUGUUAUUUGUAGGCCUUAUAAUUUACCAUCCGAUGUUUGUUAUCUUUGGUCAGAUUCAUGAAAGCCUUGUUAUCAAACCUGAGAGGAUUUCAUGAUCGUCUGUAAGUGUGUGUUUCAGUGGGGGGAGCACUACGCAGCGCUGAGCAGACUCGCUGUGGGACAGACUCUGAUGGUGAACCAGCUGGUGGACAUGGAGUGGAAAUUCGGAGGUAGGACACAAGAGAAGCAGAUAACACGUUCAUAGUAAGUGAACCUAACCUCGGUGAACACAGAGCCUAACAGAGUCAUUAGCAUGGCUUUUGUCCUCUAAAAGCCUCAUUAGAGUCCCUCAUAGGUGGACGGCUGAUGGGUCUCUAACAGGCCUCGUUGUUUAUUCAUACGGCCUCAUGGCUUCUUUGGAGUCACAGGGAUUAGAGAUGCAAAUCUAGCAGCCAGGAGAGUCAUCCAUAUUAAACUAAAGAGGAUUGGAGAAGGAGUGGCUGGAUGUGCUGCAGUUUACCUGAUUUGACUGAUAUUGACAUGCUAAAUACCUGAAGAGGACAGUGUCUCUGCAUGUUACUGAGGAGUCGGCUGGAUCCGGUCGGGUGACUGUUAGAUUUGGUUACUUUCUACAAAAACAACAUUACAAUUCAAUUCUAUCAAACAGCUUAUGCACUCAUUAAACCCUCUCUGUCUGAUCGAUCGGUCAGUCUUUCAAAGUAAAGUCACGUCAGUGUUGAUGGUUUUUGAUACAUGAGACUGUUUUUUCCCCUAACCUUCACAGUAACUGUCGGCACCAGUGAAAUACAGAAAGUGGGAAACAUCUUCCUGCAGGUAUGAAAGUUCAGCACACAUCACAUUUACCUGAGUGACUCUACGAGGGUCUGUGUUUCAGUCCAUUAAAAACAUCUGUCUGGGUUUGCAGUUGAAACUGGUGAUCAGAAAAGGGAACUCCACUGAAAAUGUCUACAUGGGUAAGUGAAUUUAAAAUACUUAACCUGACUCCAAGUAAGAUCAGAGUUUGAUUUUUAAAGUGGAAACUUACAUGUGAUAUCAGUAACAUCAUACAGUAUAUUAGGUUUCAUAUCUAGUCAUAUCAUCUUGUUUCCUGUUGUAUCUCAUUAUAAUGUUUAAUAUUAAUUAUCAUAUCAUACUGUGUCCCAUUGUUUUGCAUCAUAUCACAUAAUACGCAACAUGUCUCAUAUUUUUGUAUUGUGUCACAAUGGAUCGUAUAUCAUUAUGUUUCCUGGCAUUUCCUAUCAUAUCCUUUCUUACUGUAUCACGUCGCACUGUAUCGUAUCGUAUUGUACUGUAUCGUAUCAUAUCACAUUGUAUCGUAUCAUAUUAUAUCAUUUCCUAUCGUAUCGUUUCCUAUUUUACUGUAUCAUAUAUCAUAUCGUAUCGUACUGUAUCGCAACGUAUCGUACGGUAUCGUAUCAUACUGUAUCAUAUGGUAUGGUAUCACAUGGUAUCGUAUUAUUUCCCAUUUUAACUUAUCACACUGUAUCUUAUUGUACUUUAUCAUAUCAUAAUAUAUCAUUUUCUAUUAUAUCAUUUCCUAUUGUACUGCAUCAUAUAGUUGCGUACUGUAUCGUAACAUAUCGCAUGGUAUCGUAUCAUACUGUAUUGUAUGGUAUUUGCUGAAUUGUUUCCUAUAUUAACUUAUCGUAUCAUAUCAUAUUGUACUUUAUCGUAUCCUUUUGUUUCCUGUGGUUCUUAUCGUAUCCUAUAGCCUUAUGUCAUUUUGUAUCAAAUCGUAUGGUUUCCUAUUUCAUCAUGUUUUUAUGUAUUAUAUCAUAUGGUUUGGUUGUGUAUCAGAUCGUAUUAGUUUUUUGAACUCUCAGAGUCAGGAUUCUCAUGUCCUCACUGCAGGUGCCUCAUGUUCUUAAAUUCUCCUAAAAGCUUUUAAACUCCAUCUCAGGGUACUUUCCUCUGUUGAUCAGGCUCCAUUAAACCUUUGGUAGACACGUUCUGGUUUCUCGCUGGCAGAAUGAAGAGGCAACGCUGCACCCUUUAAUGAUCCAAAGUUAAUGCAGAAUGAUUGACGGCUUCCCCUCAGGUGUGGGCUGGACCUAAUCACUCUGUCUCUCUCUCGAGAGAGAGAAGAUGUGAAGAUCAAUCAAAAUGCUGCGUGUUUUGUUUGGCACUCGAAAUAUUUUUGUGCACUCAUGGUUUGGAUUAGGAGGAGUGACGGAGACGUGUUAUACGACCGAAUGAAUGGCAUAAAUUGACAAGAUGGGUAGGUAAUGAUGUUAAAGGUACUGGUUAGGUAUUAAACGGCUCACUUUGAAAACUUGGACGAGGUACCAGACUCUGGUCUGGAUCAGGUUCAUCACACGUUCAGAAUCUUCUGUUCACACUGGAGUAAAUGAAACCACAAUAAUAUUGAUCUGAGCAAAAACGAUCAUUUAUCUCACUCCUCUGUUUCCUGUUUUCUCUUACAGAGUUGACGCUCCCUCAGUUUUACAACUUCCUACACGAGAUGGAGAGAGCCAAGGCCAGCAUGGAGUGUUUCAGCUGAGUGUGUGUGUGUGCGUGUGUGCGCGUGUGUGUGUGUGUGUGUGUGUGUGUGUGUGUGUGUGUGUGUGUGAGAGUGAAAGAAUGUGUGUGUGAACAUGUCAGGAUGGAGCUGCAGGGUGUGUACGAGUGUUGCGUCAGUAUUUUGUGCGUGUGGUUCUUGAAGUGACUGAAGAAAAACACGAGACGAGUUUAAUUUACUGCAUUAAAUUUGUACUUAAAUCUACUUAAUAAAAAAAGGUAAAAAUCGUUUCAAACUUUUAAACUCUUAAUCUCCAAA